UAAAAGUCAAUCUAUGGUGUAAGAAUCGUAACUAUAAAUAUCCCAUGAACUAGUGGAUAAAGAAAAAGAAGACGAAUAAAAACUAGUGGACAAAGAAAAAGAAAAAGGAAAGACUAAAUUUCUGAUUUCAAUAGAUAUCAUCCAACGAGUAAUUUUUUUUGUUUCUUGACCUAUAUAAACAUCAUCUUACUAUAGUUUCAAACUGCAAUCUGAACUCUUAUUAAGUUUCUAAGCAUUUUCAUCACAAAGCUGCAAUGGCCACCGACCGAUUCUCAAUCAUCCUCAUAUCCGUUCUUGUACUUGCUUUGGUCCUAUUUCCACUCCUUCCAUGUCAAGCAACUCGAGCGCAUCUAGAUGCUGAAAAGCGUAUGCUGAGGCGCGUGUGUCCUUCGUGUGUGUGUUGUGCACCGGCUCCACGAGGUGCUUGCUGCCCAUGUCGCUGCCCCAAAAAUCCCUAAACGCUUCGACUUUGCUUUCGUCUAACAGCUUGUCAUGUGUUUAAUAUAAUCUUAUUUACAUGUGAAUAAGCAAUCAAAAGAUUAGACUCAGACUCCGUAUGACUCUUGUCACUUAGGCCAUUCUAGUUUUUGAUUCUGAUUAGGAUAUCCUCUGAUUCGGACAGAAAACUAUGUUAUAUAUGUUUUGCCUUAUAGCUUCGUUUAAACUUAUUAUUAAAGUGGAUCGGUCAAUGUUUGAGGGACCUUUGACUUCUCUCAUUCAACUCACAAAGAGAG